CUGCCCCAUUGCGACCUCUGAGACAGAGCGAACGAGAGAUCUCUGCGUCACUCGAAGACGGCCGCCUCGAUCCCACUCUUUUCCCUAUCUCCCUCUCUCUUCGUUCCGUUUCGGGAGAGGGAGCCUCGUACGUGUUGUCUGAUCUCUUCGGAGUCGAUGAUGUCGUCAUCGAUGGGCAGGAUGGAACGGGCGUUAUCGGAUAGGAAUAAAUUUGUCAGCUUAAAGUAAGAGCGUGAAGAGAUGCGUAAAUAGUGUUUUUUUGAUGGGAUGGGGUGUGGUGGUAGGUGUGGUUGAUUUCUUGAAUUGGGAUUGUUUGGUGUAAGGGCGUCCAGUUAUGGAUGUACUGCGGAGUUGGAAUGGUAGAUUAAGGUGCUGAUUUAUUCCAUCGAACAGAUCAUGCGCAUAUUUUGUGGUGGAAGGUGGUGUGACUGAGAGGUACUGAUGGACUUUUGCUAUUAUUUUGAUAAUCAAAUGGGUAUUAUUGGAUAAAAGUAAAUCUGCAAUUUUUUCUAGAGAACUUUUCUUGGUGAUGAGUAAGAGCAAGAAUUAAAUAAAAGAAGAUUUGGAUUGUGCGUGGAAGGCAAGGGUGAUUUCUUGGAUUAGGGUUAUUUGGUGUUUCAGAGACCAUUUUUUAUUGACUUAGAGAACUGAAUGAUACAUUAACACCGGGAUUAUUUAUAUCAAACAGAUCUUGUGCAUUAUUUGAGGGUGAGCCCUUGGCGCAACUGAAAGGUUGCUCCAGUGUGAUCUGGAGGUCAUAGGUUUAAAACAUGAAAACAGUUUCUGGUUGAAUAGGCUACAUACAUCUGAUCCUCCACCAGACCCCGCGAUAGUGGGAGUGCACUACGCCGUCCCUUUUUUUUAGAUCUUAUACUAAAAUGUGGCAAGUCUGAGAGGUACUGAGCUAGUGAUGAGUGAUGUUUAUAGUUGUGUCUGGUGCUGUUAAAAGCAGUUUAUGUUUAUAGAAAAUGUCGAUUAGAAAAUUACAUACAUCCAGAUUUGUUUUUAACAUCUAAGGUAUAAACAUUCAAAGAUCAUAAAUACAACCACUGUUGCAUUUCUUUCUAUUUUUAAGUAUUUGUUGAGGUACUUGAAUGCUCAUGUGUAAGUAGUAUUAAAAGGACCACUUGUCUCACUUAGUGGUUAUUUCCCCUGAUAAUUACAGGAUCAUGCUCAAGAUUCCACGCUUUCUAGUAUGCUAUAUAUUGUUAUUACGGGCUGUUGAUUUAUCUUUGUAAGUGUGUUAGCAUAAGCACACUAUGAUUUAAGACCAUAAUGUUGACAAAGUUAUGGGCUUCUCAACAAGUGAUGCCUUGUUUUGGAUGGAUAACUAGAGUUCUUGUUAUAGCAAUGUUGUGCAAGUAUUCCAUAUCACUGUUAGCUAAAUGUCAAAAAGAGUAAAUGGCGUUAGUAAUUCACCCAUCAUCCUUUGUGUCCUGCCGAGAAUAGUGAAUUCCUAAAGGAAAACUAGACUGACCAAAUUUAUAGAUAUAUUCUGCAAUAUUUUGUGGUUGUGAUGAUAAUUUAUGGACUCAGUAUGUAUUAUAACACCAGUGUAUAUGAUGUCAAAAUAAUGCUGAAUGAUAACUACAGUUAUAUGCCAUUUUUUAAGCAUUCUCUUAGUUUAAAUCUUUUUACAAGUACAAUUGUACUGAUAGCGGCAUUUUCUUUUUAAAUUAGGGUUUUGAGAGGUAUCUAGUGGUACCUAAUGUUGUGUGUUUUUGUGUCUACACUCACAAUAUAUGAGGAAGGGUAUUUGAUUCAGUUCUUUGAGAAUAGAACUGUCAAAUAAAUGAGACAUCUCUUUUUCAGUGGUGAGAUCCUCUGUUCAUCAAAUGAACCUGCUUGAUUAUAAAUUAUUGAUCUAUGAAGCAACUGACUCAAAGACCCUACCAUCAAAGUUGCAGAAAUCAAUCACCUGGGAAGUCCAGUAGGAGUUUUUUUCCAAGUUAUGAUCAUCGAUCUAUAGCAUGGACAUGACAUAGGUCUUUCCAUCUGAAGGAAAUUGAGGAAGAUUAUUGUGGAUAUUAAAAUUGAAUUGCCAAUUUAUAUGCAUUUACACAUGAAAUGGGGUGUCGUGGAAGGCCAUUAUUUGACCUUAAUGAACUCCCAACUGGAGAGGAAGAUGAGAAAGAUAGUGUUGUCCUUCUCCAGCCCCAAAAGUCCAUUCCUAUUUCAAAUCCUCGCACCUCAGGCUUGUUUCCACCAUCAGAAGGUUGUCAGCGGAUAGUGAAUAACCAUGCAUUCACACAUGCUUCUUUGGGUUCAGGCUUUCAGCCUUUUGUAAGGAAUAAAGACCCACAGAACUCAAAGGAGGGCUACAAACAUAAUCCUGAUGCCGAUUGUUCGAAUGCGAACCAAGCCUCCACAUCAAUGUCUACAAGUCAUAGCGAGGAUAAUAAAGUUUCAGCAUUAGUGUCAUCCAGUAAUCAGGAUCCUCAAGCGGCUGAAAGGGAAGAAGGGGAAUGGUCUGAUAUAGAGGGCAAUGUUUAUGCAGUUGAAAGCAAUGCUAGCAAUAAGCAUGACGAUGUUAAUUCUGAAAUUUCACAGAUGCAAAGAGCAACUGAAGAAAGUAAGCCUGUACCUAUGAAGGCUGAUGAGAAUAGUUGCAGUGAUUCUAGUCUCCUCGGACCUAACAGUAAUGAAGUUGGAGAUGCUUCUAAAGAUGCAAAGGUUCAAGGCCCAUCAGGAUCAGAGAAUAACAGAACUUCACACUGUAAUUCUAAAGGAGAUGUACUGGCAGAUGGCUUGGUAGAAUCUUCUUCAAUUGCCAAGCCCAAAGAGGUCAAAGGAGUUGAGGCCAGUUAUGCAUUGAGAUUUGCAAAUAAUCCUGCAAAGAGACCAAAGCUUGAUGAGCAUAAGGAGGCAAUGUUAGGUAAGAAAAGAGCCAGACAGACUGUUUUUAUUAAUGUGGAGGAUGCUAAGCAAGCUGGUCCUAUGAAAUCUUCAACACCUAGGAGGCAGACUUCUUUUCCUACACCUAUUAUUACUCGUACUGUGAAAGACACGACUCGUGCUAGCCCUGGUGGUGUUGAAAGGGCUGCAGAAAGACAGAGUCAGCCCAUGAGCAGGGAUCAGAAACAAGCUGACAUGGCAAGCAGUGAAGGAAGUAAUCCUGUGGAGUCAAGUGACCAAAAGGCUGAUUCUAAUGGUGAUGCUAAUCCAGGAUCAAUAUCUUGCUCUAAGAAGAUGAACAACAAUGAGUUUUCUUCAGAAGCUUGCCUACCACCGAUUCCAAGACAGGUUUCCUGGAAGCAGCCUGUAGACUCCAGGCAGUAUAAGAACCCACCCAUUUCAUGCCGAAAACCUUCUGUCACAGGUCAGAGCACCUCAGAUCAAAAAUUGGGAAGCAAAAAACAUCUUCCCUCUAAGAAGCAGACUUCAAACAACCUCCAGUACCAAGAUACAUCAGUGGAACGGCUUCUCAGGGAGGUGACGAAUGAGAAGUUCUGGCAUCAUCCAGAGGAGACAGAGCUUCAGCGUGUGCCUGGACGCUUUGAGUCUGUUGAGGAGUAUGUGAGAGUUUUUGAACCCUUGCUCUUCGAGGAAUGCCGAGCACAGCUCUACAGCACCUAUGAGGAGCUUACAGAGAUUGUAGCUAGGGAUGCACAUAUAAUGGUUCGUGUAAAAACCGUGGAAAGGCGAGAAAGAGGAUGGUAUGAUAUCAUAGUUCUUCCAGUGCAUGAUUGCAAAUGGACUUUCAAGGAAGGUGAUGUUGCAGUUUUAUCAACGCCUCGGCCUGGUACAGCUAGAUCUAACAAGAGAAUUAUCAAUGCUGGUGCAAAUGAUGUUGAUGUUGAAUCAGAGGUUACUGGACGGGUUGUUGGUACUGUUAGGCGACAUCAACCUAUUGACACACGUGAUCCUCCUGGGGCAAUUCUUCAUUUUUAUAUGGGGGAUUCAUAUGAUUCUAGUAGCAAAUUGGAUGAUGAUCAUAUUCUAAGGAAGCUUCAACCCAAGGGCAUUUGGUACUUAACUGUUCUUGGGUCCCUUGCGACUACUCAGCGUGAAUACAUUGCUCUUCAUGCAUUUCGCCGUCUUAACUUGCAGAUGCAAACUGCAAUUCUGAAGCCUAGCCCUGAGCACUUCCCCAAGUGCGAAGAGCAGCCUCCUGCCAUGCCUGAUUGUUUCACCCAGAAUUUCGUUGAUCAUCUUCAUAGGACUUUUAAUAGUCCUCAGUUGGCUGCUAUACAAUGGGCUGCGAUGCAUACAGCUGCAGGCACGAGCAGUGGAGCAGCAAAAAGGCAAGAUCCAUGGCCUUUCACACUUGUUCAAGGCCCUCCUGGUACUGGGAAGACACAUACAGUGUGGGGCAUGUUAAAUGUCAUUCAUCUCGUCCAAUAUCAGCAUUACUACACUGCUCUGCUCAAGAAGCUUGCUCCGGAGAGCUACAAGCAAACUAGCGAGAGUAAUUCUGAGUGUGUUGGUACAGGAUCGAUUGAUGAAGUUUUGCAAAGUAUGGACCAGAACCUCUUUCGUACUCUGCCAAAACUUUGCCCCAAGCCUAGAAUGCUUGUAUGUGCUCCAUCAAAUGCUGCCACAGAUGAGCUGCUAGCUCGUGUCCUUGAUCGUGGCUUCAUCGAUGGGGAGAUGAAGGUCUACCGUCCUGAUGUUGCUCGUGUUGGAGUGGAUUCACAAACCCGUGCAGCUCAGGCUGUUUCUGUUGAGCGAAGAACAGAACAGCUUUUGCUGAAGGGCCGUGAUGAGAUCAUUGGCUGGAUGCAUCAGCUGAAAAUUCGUGAACAGCAGUUCUCACAACAGAUUGCUCAUCUUCAGAGAGAACUCAACGUUGCAGCUGCAGCAGGUCGAUCCCAGGGAUCAGUUGGUGUUGAUCCUGAUGUCCUUGCUGCCCGGGAUCAUAGCCGUGAUGUACUGCUUCAGAACCUUGCUGCAGCUGUGGAGGGCAGAGAUAAAGUUUUGGUUGAGAUGUCACGCCUCCUUAUUUUAGAAAGUAGGUUUCGUGCUGGAAGCAGCUUUAACAUGGAAGAUGCACGGGCCAGCCUUGAAGCAAGUUUUGCUAAUGAAGCUGAAAUUGUUUUCACUACGGUGUCAAGCAGUGGCCGCAAACUAUUUUCUCGUCUCACUCAUGGCUUUGAUAUGGUGGUUAUUGAUGAGGCAGCCCAGGCCAGUGAGGUAGCAGUCCUGCCUCCCCUUGCACUGGGUGCUGCAAGAUGUGUGCUGGUUGGUGAUCCCCAGCAACUCCCUGCAACAGUCAUUAGUAAAGCAGCUGGAACCUUGUUAUAUAGUAGAAGCCUUUUUGAGAGAUUUCAACAAGCAGGUUGCCCUACCAUGUUAUUGUCUGUGCAGUACAGAAUGCACCCUCAGAUCCGUGAUUUUCCAUCUAGAUACUUCUACCAAGGUCGUCUGACAGACAGUGAGAGUGUGACCAAUCUUCCUGAUGAAAUUUAUUACAAGGACACUUUGUUGCAGCCUUACAUUUUUUAUGACAUCAUGCAUGGACGUGAGUCCCACAGAGGGGGAUCAGUCUCAUACCAGAAUAUUCAUGAAGCACAGUUUUCUCUGCGGUUAUAUGAGUAUCUUCAGAAAUUUCUGAAAGCCAAUGGUGGGAAAAAAGUCACUGUUGGAAUAAUCACCCCAUAUAAGCUGCAGCUGAAGUGUCUCCAACGAGAAUUCGAGGAAGUUCUGAAUUCAGAGGAAGGGAAAGAUAUCUACAUCAACACUGUUGAUGCAUUCCAGGGCCAGGAACGUGAUGUAAUUAUCAUGUCUUGUGUCCGUGCCUCGAACCAUGGUGUGGGAUUUGUUGCUGACAUCCGCCGCAUGAAUGUUGCUCUUACUCGAGCUAGGAGGGCAUUAUGGGUUGUGGGCAAUGCCAAUGCUCUCGUGCAGUCUGAUGACUGGGCUGCAUUGAUUGCUGAUGCCAAGGUGAGGAAAUGUUUCACGGGCAUGGAUAGCAUCCCUAGAGAACUCUUGGUUUCGAAGGGGUCCGCCAGCACUCCAGGAAAAGUUUCCUCAAAUAACAUGAGGAGCUUGAGAUCUGGUGGGAGGCAGAGACAUCUGGAGAUGUUCCCAGAACCCAAGUCUGGGACACCAUCUGAAGAUGAAGAGAAGACAAACACAUAUAUUCCACGGAAUGGUAGCUAUAGGAAUCUUAAGUUGAAUGAGGGUUCUUUGGAUGAUUUGGGGCAAUCAGGUGACAGAUCUCAAGAUGCUUUGCAGUAUGGCAUUGCUAAGAGGCAAAAUUCUUCUGGGUCAUCUAGGAGAGAUUGACGUCUACAUGCUUUCAUUUCUAUCUGGGGCUUUAUACAAAUUCAUUACAAUCAGCAGGCUCUAACAUGUUAGAGUAGCUCUAUUCAUGCAGAAGUCAUGAUUCCUCGGGCAUUGUGCAACGAAAGGCCUUUCCAAAUGCUGAUGUGCCUGAUAGAUUGGGUGGCUGAUCUUGCAACACCUGCAACUAUAGUGAUUGUCAGGACAGCCAGGAUUGCUCGAGAUGAACCAUCAUCAAGGAUGUGCAGGUAGGCCAGCCAAGAUUACUUGAGGAGAGCAAUCAUGAAGGAUGAAUCUCAGGUCUCCAAGAUGGUUUGAUCGAGGAGCUGCUGAGUGUUUUGGAAAGCUGACUGGGCGAGACAUGUGAAGCUGUGAGAUUAGAAAUGUUCCACCAAAAAUACUGUGUUCCAUCUUUCUGGAGAUUUCCAUUCGCCGUGUUUGGAAAGCAAGAUUUGGAAGGAGUUCCCAUUUGGAUAAAUACCAAGCUCAUUGUCGAGUGGCAUGUAGUGUUCCAGGAACUCUGAAAGCUCAAAGACUACCCAAAGGCCAGGCAACUGUUCAAGUAAAUUUAAUAGAGCUUGGGUGGGGUACAAUGAGUGUGGUUCCAUUAUCUUUAGACAUUUGGCGCCACUUGCUGGUUCGUGUCACCUGCAGCAAAGUCUAAACUUCAUACUUGAAGUAGUAUAUGUGCAUAUGGUUGAAACAGAGGCCACACCCUACAAAAAUUAUUGGAAAGGAUUUAAAAUGGAUGCAUCUGAUUUUGAUGGAUCCUUGGACUCGGAAUCUUCUAGAGUGCGUUUGCUGGCUGUCAGUAGGUUGAUGUGAUCAAAAGCAAGCCUCGAAGAUGAUCGACAUUUGAGGAUGCCGGAUUAUAUAUAUGUUGCAUGGAAAUAGCCUAUCAGGUUUGGUGGUGCAGAUUUGUUUAUUGUCCAAAACCCUGUUUCGAGUGGUAUUUUCCUGAAACCUUACCCUUUUCCCUUGCAGUGGUGCAAAUUAUUGAGAUAACGUAUGUUUUGGAAAAAGGAGAUUUAAUUUGCGAAACCCACCUUGGUCACAUUCUUUCUUUAUGAGUGGUUUUCGGCUUGCUAGAUAUAGUGGAAUUCUGGAAUUGUUCCUGGUUGAUGGCCCUCCUGCAUUAUGGGAGUUGCGGGCUCGCUGCAGAUCUAGUCUGGAAUUGUUCCUGGUUGAUGGCCCUCAUGCAUUAUGGGAGUCGCGGGCUCGCUGCGGAUCUAGGACAUGAGUCGUGUGAAAGAGGCAACUUGAUGACCUUGGGUGCAAUGACUUGAAACACCUGUUCGAGCUGGCUGGAAGCAAAGGAAUCUUGGUCAACAGGCCCUCCUAAUUUUUGACCAUCAGCACAUUAUUUUAAUUUUGCAUUCCUUGGCCCUUGUUAUAAAGUGGUUUAACUUCCAAGCUGUCUGGAAUUGUUCCUGGUUGAUGGCCCUCAUGCAUUAUGGGAGUCGCGGGCUCGCUGCGGAUCUAGGACAUGAGUCGUGUGAAAGAGGCAACUUGAUGACCUUGGGUGCAAUGACUUGAAACACCUGUUCGAGCUGGCUGGAAGCAAAGGAAUCUUGGUCAACAGGCCCUCCUAAUUUUUGACCAUCAGCACAUUAUUUUAAUUUUGCAUUCCUUGGCCCUUGUUAUAAAGUGGUUUAACUUCCAAGCUGUCUGCAGCCAUAAUCUUUCAAUGAGCAUGCUGCUGCUGGAUCAUUCACUGGUUGCUUUGAAAGCUGUGUAGAUGGAUGAAUGAUAAGAGUUCGGAGCACUUUGACAUCUGUGCAGUUGGUGAUCUGAUGGUAGGUUCAUGCGAAUGGCUGGGGAAUCCUGCUCAGGGGAAAGAUGACCCCAUUCCCUAAUUAGUUCUGCAAUCUCUAACAAUUGUUAAGAGGCCAAAAGAGUUUCUGAAGUAAUUAGUUUGUGGGUGUACCUUCAAAAUAUAUUUGUAACGAAGAACGAAAUGGCUCGCCAAGGGCCCGUUAGGUGUUGUUGCUGUUUUUAUGUUUUUAUUUAUCUCCAAUUUAGUAAAUUGCUGUGUUGAAAAAAGUAUUUCACCGA